CUCCUUUCGCGCCGCCGGCUGCCGCUGUAGAGCGGCGGGUCCAUGUGCGCAUCGAACGGUGCUACUGCCCCAGAUCUCGUCCGCCUCGGCCUCGAGCGCACGGUCAUGGACCCCAACACCAUCAUCGAGGCCCUGCGGGGCACCAUGGACUCCACGGUGCGGGAGACUGCCGAGAGGCAGCUGAACGAGGCUCAUAAAUCAGUGAACUUCGUUUCAACUCUCCUUCAAAUUACUAUGUCAGAACAACUGGAUUUACCAGUGAGACAGGCAGGUGUUAUAUACUUGAAGAAUAUGAUAACCCAGUAUUGGCCUGACCGGGGAAUUACUCCAGGGGAUAACCCGCCUUACUCAAUACCAGAAGAAGAUAGACAUUGUAUUCGAGAGAAUAUUGUAGAAGCUAUUAUUCAUUCUCCUGAACUGAUCAGAGUACAGCUUACUACUUGCAUUCAUCAUAUUAUCAAGCAUGAUUAUCCCACUCGCUGGACUGCUGUUGUUGAGAAAAUUGGAUUUUAUCUCCAGUCUGAUAAUAGUGCCUGUUGGCUUGGGAUACUCCUUUGUCUUUAUCAACUUGUGAAGAACUAUGAAUACAAAAAACCAGAAGAGAGGACUCCAUUGAUAGCAGCAAUGCAACACUUCUUGCCUGUUCUGAAAGAUCGUUUCAUCCAGCUUCUUUCUGAUCCGUCUGAUCAGUCUGUCCUCAUCCAAAAACAGAUCUUCAAAAUCUUUUAUGCCCUUGUUCAGUAUACAUUACCCCUGGAGUUGAUCAAUCAGCAAAACCUAGCAGAAUGGAUAGAAAUUUUGAAGACAGUUGUUGACCGAGAUGUACCAGCUGAAACCCUCCAGGUGGAUGAAGAUGAUAGGCCUGAAUUACCAUGGUGGAAAUGUAAGAAGUGGGCCCUCCACAUCUUAGCCAGACUUUUUGAAAGGUAUGGAAGCCCUGGUAAUGUUUCCAAGGAAUACAAUGAAUUUGCUGAAGUUUUUUUAAAGGCAUUUGCUGUUGGUAUACAGCAGGUUUUGCUGAAAGUGUUAUAUCAAUAUAAAGAAAAGCAGUAUAUGGCUCCAAGAGUUCUACAGCAGACUUUGAACUAUAUCAAUCAAGGGAUAUCACAUGCAGUUACUUGGAAAAAUCUGAAACCUCAUAUUCAAGGAAUUAUCCAAGAUGUUAUCUUCCCAUUGAUGUGCUAUACAGAUUCGGAUGAAGAGCUGUGGCAGGAAGACCCUUACGAAUAUAUACGUAUGAAGUUUGAUGUAUUUGAAGACUUCAUUUCCCCCACAACUGCUGCACAAACGUUGUUGUUUACAGCAUGUGGUAAAAGGAAAGAGGUCCUGCAAAAAACAAUGGGCUUUUGUUACCAAAUCCUCACAGAGCCAAAUGCAGAUCCUCGUAAAAAAGAUGGAGCAUUGCAUAUGAUUGGUUCUUUGGCUGAAAUACUUUUGAAAAAAAAGAUAUACAAAGAUCAGAUGGAGUACAUGUUGCAGAAUCAUGUGUUUCCUCUGUUCAGUAAUGAGCUGGGCUACAUGAGAGCAAGGGCUUGCUGGGUUCUCCAUUAUUUUUGUGAAGUUAAGUUUAAGAGUGACCAGAACCUUCAGACAGCAUUGGAGUUAACAAGAAGAUGCCUGAUUGAUGAUAGAGAAAUGCCUGUUAAAGUGGAAGCUGCCAUUGCACUGCAAGUUUUGAUUAGUAAUCAAGAGAGAGCUAAAGAAUAUAUAACACCAUUCAUUAGACCUGUAAUGCAGGCCCUUCUUCACAUAAUUAGAGAAACUGAGAAUGAUGAUCUUACCAAUGUAAUUCAAAAAAUGAUCUGUGAAUAUAGUGAAGAAGUUACUCCUAUAGCAGUUGAGAUGACUCAGCACUUGGCAAUGACUUUUAACCAGGUGAUUCAGACAGGACCAGAUGAAGAAGGCAGUGAUGAUAAAGCAGUAACAGCCAUGGGUAUCUUGAAUACUAUUGAUACACUUCUUAGUGUAGUUGAAGAUCACAAAGAGAUUACUCAGCAGUUGGAAGGUAUCUGUUUACAAGUAAUAGGAACAGUUUUACAACAGCAUGUUUUAGAAUUCUAUGAGGAAAUCUUCUCCUUGGCUCACAGUCUGACCUGUCAGCAAGUCUCUGCACAGAUGUGGCAACUUCUGCCUCUGGUCUUUGAUGUAUUUCAGCAGGACGGUUUUGAUUACUUUACAGAUAUGAUGCCACUGUUGCAUAAUUACGUGACUGUUGAUACAGACACGCUCCUGUCUGAUACAAAAUACCUAGAAAUGAUCUACAGUAUGUGUAAAAAGGUCCUUACAGGCGUAGCAGGAGAAGAUGCAGAAUGUCAUGCAGCAAAACUAUUAGAAGUUAUCAUUUUGCAAUGUAAAGGCCGUGGCAUUGAUCAGUGUAUACCCUUGUUUGUGGAAGCUGCUUUAGAACGAUUAACUAGAGAAGUUAAAACAAGUGAAUUACGGACAAUGUGCCUCCAGGUUGCCAUAGCUGCUCUCUAUUAUAAUCCUCAUCUACUUCUGAAUACCUUGGAAAAUCUUCGCUUCCCCAAUAAUGUGGAACCUGUUACAAAUCAUUUCAUUACACAGUGGCUUAAUGAUGUAGACUGUUUCUUGGGACUUCAUGACAGAAAAAUGUGUGUGCUAGGCCUGUGUGCAUUGAUUGACCUGGAACAUGUACCGCAGGUUUUAAAUCAGGUUUCGGGUCAGAUCUUGCCAGCUUUCAUACUUUUAUUUAAUGGGUUAAAAAGAGCAUAUGCUUGCCAUGCUGAACAUGAAAAUGACAGUGAUGAUGAUGAUGAUGAUGCUGAGGAAGAUGAAGACGCAGAACUGGGAAGUGAUGAAGAUGAUAUUGAUGAAGAUGGUCAAGAGUAUUUAGAGAUUUUGGCAAAACAGGCUGGAGAAGAUGGAGAUGAUGAGGAUUGGGAAGAUGAUGAUGCUGAAGAGACAGCACUGGAGGGAUAUUCAACUAUUAUUGAUGAUGAAGAUAACCCUGUUGAUGAAUAUCAAAUAUUUAAAGCAAUUUUUCAGACACUUCAGAAUCGUAACCCAGUAUGGUACCAAGCAUUGACACGUGGUCUUAAUGAAGAUCAAAGAAAACAAUUACAGGACAUAGCAACUUUAGCAGAUCAGCGAAGAGCUGCUCAGGAAUCCAAAAUGAUUGAAAAACAUGGUGGAUAUAAAUUCAGUGCUCCAGUUGUGCCAAGUUCAUUUAAUUUUGGUGGUCCAGCCCCAGGAAUGAAUUGAAUUAUCACUACUUUUCCUCCUACUGUGUGAUUGUAGUGAAGAGCUUGUGUUCCUCCCAAUAUAGUGGUUCCAGAACUGGUUCAUGUUAUCUACAGCUCACGCUAAAUGAAUUGGUAGAAAUUGAAUAUUUUAAAAAGAAAAAGCAACCCAGAAGUGGAACUUGAUCAUGCAACCUAAUACUGGAAAGAAGGUUUUAUGAAGAUAGGAAGAACCUGAAACUUGAGCUUCAAAUGACACUGUGGAUAUUGGAAAUUAAGAGGGGAUGUCUUGAAGGCAGCUUCCUUUCUAUGAAGAAAAUAGGCAUUGGCUGCAGGACUGUUGGAAAGGUCUCAUUUACAGUACACAAGCUUGAAGGCCAAUUUAAUUUUUACAACUGUGGGACUUGAGUAUUUGCCCAGUUUUCUUUUCUUCUCCCCAAUGGGUAUCUAUUCUUUUAAUGUACAUAAAGGCAAUUGGAUGGCCUUACUUAACAUUUCAUUAUUUCCAUUUAUCAAGAUUGUUCAUAUGUAGAAUAUCGGACACUUAUUGUAGCACUACAUAACUGAUAAAAUCUGUAAAUGAUUUAGCACUUUCAUAUUGAAACAAGCCUGCUAGCCUAUGUACAAAAUUAGCAAAAUGUUUGUUUAUAAAAAAAAAAAAAAGGAUGUUCUGGGGAAAAUUUCAGG